AUGGAUCUGAAUCAAUCGUCUCUAUCUUUUCUUUCGCUUCCUUACCAUGUUCGAAAACGUAUAUACUUCUUUGCCGACUAUGUCCGAGAAUGCCCGAUCGCCAUUGCGCUCCCCGCACCAGAGACUGUUUCGCCUACAGCAUCGUUUCCAUCUGGUCAUCCUCCAACGCCCCCUGGAUUUCCACCACCACCAAAUGCGAUCAGGCUAAACCUAGGCCUAUGUCGCUUUAGAAUGCUGCAAAUGGGCGAAGACCGAUCUGUGUUUCCUUCAUACCCGGAAUGCAUCUGUUCUGAAUUCCCAAGACAGUUACUCCACGUUAGUAAGGCCCUGCACACAGAGAUCAUCGAUAUAAUCUAUGGUGAGAAUAAAUUUGUGAUCCGUGCUCACAAGGCCGAGGACCUCAGGGUCUUCAGCAUCCUUUCGGACACUGCGGUGAGUCGACUACGCUGGCUCAUGAUCCGCCUAAAUUGCUGGCCAUGCCAUCGUGGACACAGUAGCCUGAUGCCUCUUGCGCCUCCAAAAUGCAAAACGUGCAGUGCAUCAAUCGACAAGGCUGACCCUGAGUUGAUUGAUGGACAAGCCCAGUCCAAGGCCAUGAUUCAAGGUUGGGCUACUUUGUGUAAUCGUCUAGCAUCCUGUAUCCCCCCUGGACGUCUUGAGCUGGAAUUUGUCUGUGAUGUUGGAGAUAUGGAGACGGCUGAGCAAAUUAUCAAGCCACUGUAUUCUCUCCCACGACUCGAAAAGUGCACAAUCAGGUUGGGAAGGCGAAGAAAUCACGGUCUUGAAACCUUGGCGCGCUCAACCUCCCUCCAGUUGACAGCACACUACAACCCUCAUGCAGAGUUAGGCAGCUCACAGUUCCCAUUCUUUCGUCUACCACGAGAGAUCCGUCGUCACAUCCUUGCACUCACCAAUCUCGACCCCAGAAACGUGAAUGGGGAACAUCGCCAUGGCUUUACCAUCAAGGUAGGAAAGUGGGAUGCGUCCAACGACUGCUACAGCAUCGUUCCUAAGCGCAUCUGCUGUCACCACUGCUCAUUUACAAAGCGCGAUUGCAGUUGCCCUUCAGACUAUGCAUCCUACUCGCCUGGUUGCCAGUGCCGAGUUCUCCCCCUCAACCUUUUCUUGGUAAGUCGGCAAAUGUACGCAGAGGCAGCCGAAGUUCUCUACUCGGCAAACAUAUUUACUUUUGUUGGGCCCUUUGAAGAAACCCUUCGUUGUCUCCAGGCCCUCCAACCUACCACUCUAAGCUCUUUUCGGCGCAUCAGGUUUCUUUUUGAUGUCGACCAGUCCUGCAGGUAUUAUAAACACGAGAAAGCCUGGGCGUGUCUCCUGUCCUUCAUUGCCGAGAAGUUUGACCUGUCUAAGUUACUUGUUAUCGUUGACACCAGCAGAGAUACCCUGCAAUGCAUGCACAAUGACUAUGAAGAAUGGGCGAUGUACGACUUGUACCAGACGUAUACUUUAGUUGCAAAGCUCGUCAAGUCUAUGCUAACUGGUAUGCACGGCUUCCACGUAUUCCUGGGGGCUUUCUUUGACCUUGAGCCUGUUCUGGAAAGGUAUGUAAUGGGUCCUGACUACGACAUUUCGGGGGACGAGGGCGAGGGCGAGGACGAGGGCGAGGACGCGGACGGGGCCGCGGAAGUGAUAGAGGGAGAGGCGGAGCCAGAGUGA